GUGACUUUAACCCGUUGAUUAUUUUCUACUAACAUAAAGACAUUGGCACCCUUUAUUUUCGGUGCCUGAGCAGGUAUAGUUGGUACAGCCUUGAGCUUAUUAAUCCGAGCAGAACUAAGUCAACCUGGCACUCUUUUAGGGGACGACCAGAUUUAUAAUGUAAUUGUUACAGCACAUGCUUUUGUUAUGAUCUUCUUUAUAGUCAUACCUGUAAUAAUUGGGGGGUUCGGUAACUGACUUGUACCCUUAAUAAUUGGAGCCCCAGACAUAGCAUUCCCACGAAUAAAUAAUAUAAGUUUUUGACUACUACCCCCCUCAUUACUACUUCUCCUAGCAUCAUCAGGCAUUGAAACAGGAGCAGGAACUGGCUGAACCGUUUAUCCCCCAUUAGCUAGCAACCUAGCCCAUGUGGGCGCAUCAGUAGACUUAACUAUUUUCUCCUUACAUCUAGCUGGAGUAUCUUCAAUCCUUGGGGCUAUCAAUUUUAUUACUACAGCUAUUAAUAUAAAAUCCCCAACAAUAUCACAAUACCAAACUCCCUUAUUCGUUUGAUCAGUAGUUAUUCAGCCGUACUAUUAUUACUUUCACUACCAGGGGUUAGCCCGCCAGGCAUUUACAAUAUUACUCACAGACCGAAACCUGAAUACUACCUUUUUUGAUCCUUCUGGAGGAGGAGAUCCUAUCCUAUAUCAACAUUUAUUCUGAUUCUUCGGUCACCCAGAAGUUUACAUCCUCAUCCUCCCUGGGUUUGGCAUAAUCUCCCAUGUAGUAACGUACUAUGCUAAUAAAAAAGAACCAUUCGGCUAUAUAGGAAUAGUAUGAGCAAUAAUAUCAAUUGGUUUCCUAGGAUUCAUUGUAUGGGCCCAUCAUAUGUUCACUGUAGGUAUAGAUGUAGACACACGAGCCUACUUUACAUCAGCUACAAUAAUUAUUGCUAUCCCGACAGGAGUAAAAGUAUUUAGCUGAUUAGCCACAUUACACGGAGGCCUCAUUAAAUGAGACGCUGCUAUACUAUGAGCCCUAGGUUUUAUUUUCCUAUUUACAAUUGGAGGCUUAACAGGUAUCGUUUUAGCCAACUCAUCAUUAGACAUUGUAUUACACGACACAUACUACGUCGUAGCCCAUUUCCACUAUGUAUUAUCAAUAGGAGCUGUAUUUGCUAUUAUAGCAGGUUUUACCCAUUGAUUCCCACUUUUCUCUGGUUAUUCACUACACCAAACCUGAACCAAAGUACAUUUUGGGGUGAUAUUUGCAGGUGUAAAUAUAACAUUUUUCCCACAACACUUCCUAGGGCUAGCGGGUAUACCACGACGCUAUUCUGACUACCCAGAUGCCUAUACCCUAUGAAACACCAUCUCAUCUAUCGGAUCAUUAAUCUCCCUAAUUGCAGUAAUCAUAAUAAUAUUCAUUAUCUGAGAAGCAUUCUCAUCAAAACGAAAAGUUACAAUAAUUGAACUCACAACCACCAACGUAGAAUGACUUCACGGAUGCCCCCCUCCAUAUCACACCUAUGAAGAACCCACCCAUGUACAAAACACAAGA